CGAUUUACUCCGUACACGAAGAAGAGCAGCAUGCCACAAACAGCUGUGUUCACACAGACAGGGAAGCUAGCCAGCUUUAGCCAGCUGCAGUGUCUUCGCUGUUAAGACACAGCAUUAAGUUUCGUGUACAUAUUCUGAAGACAAGCCGGUUGACCAUCACACAGGUUUAGAAAUUGUUUCGCUUUUACUGCCUUUUAUUUACGGCUGGUUGUUUAUGUUAGCCAUUAGCUAAGUAGCUAUUUUUAGCUAGCUAGCUGUCACCGGGUUUGUUUUGUUCUUUGUAGAAGUGGCCGUUUCCUUUUUAACACAUGAGUGUGUCUAUGGUUGUUAUCCGCCUGGAGCUCGCCGACCAGUCUCCUUCUCCACGAGGUUUCCAGUACUCUGCUGUUGAAGGCAUGUCGCAGGAGGAUCUGCAGGAGAAGGCUCUGUGUGUAGCCAAACACGCUCUGAGUGGGAAGACGGAUCUGGAGCGAUCAGCUGUGCUGCACCAACACAUCGGCAGCCGGGCGAUGGGGGACAUGGUGAUCGAAACCUUCGAGCCCGGCCCAGAUAAAGGAGGCGGUUCCUCAGAGCAGGACGGAGAAGCUUUGGCUGAAGUUCAGGAAGGAGCCGAGGACUCAAAGGAGGAAGCCAAGGAAGGAGCCGAGGCCUCUGAGGAAGGAGCUGAGGCCUCUGAGGAAGGAGCCGAGGCCUCUGAGGAAGGAGCUGAGGCCUCUGAGGAAGGAGCCGAGGCCUCUGAGGAAGGAGCCGAGGCGACCCGCGCGGCGCCCGACUCGCCCUCCAAGCAGCUGCCCGACCAGAUCUCCUUCUUCAGCGGGAACCCGUCUGUGGAGAUCGUCCACGGCAUCAUGCACCUCUACAAGACCAAUAAAAUGACGUCGCUUACGGAGGACGUGAGGCGCAGCGCGAUGGUUUGCAUCCUGACCGUCCCCGCCACCAUGACCAGCCACGACCUCAUGAAGCUCCUGGCGCCCUUUAAUGAUGUCAUGGAGCACAUGAAGAUCAUACGGGACUCCACCCCCAACCAGUACAUGGUUCUGCUUAAAUUCUGCUCGCAGGCAGACGCAGACAGUUUCUUCACGGCGUGCAACGGCCGCCAGUUCAACUCCAUCGAGGACGCCGUGUGUCAGAUGGUUUACGUGGAGCGCGCCGAGGUCAUCAAGUCCGAAGAGGGAGCCAGUCUGCCGGUGAUGGAGCUCACAGAGCUGCCGAAGUGCACCGUGUGUCUGGAGAGGAUGGACGAGUCAGUCAACGGCAUCCUGACCACCCUCUGCAACCACAGCUUCCACAGCCAGUGCCUCCAGCGGUGGGACGACGCCACGUGUCCUGUGUGUCGUUACUGUCAAACUCCAGAACCAGUGGAGGAGAACAAGUGCUUUGAGUGCGGCGUGCAGGAGAACCUGUGGAUCUGUCUGAUCUGCGGACACAUCGGCUGCGGCCGCUACGUCAGCCGGCACGCCUACAAGCACUUUGAGGAGACGCAGCACACGUACGCCAUGCAGCUCACCAACCACCGCGUGUGGGACUACGCCGGAGAUAACUACGUCCAUCGCCUCGUGGCCAGUAAGACGGACGGCAAGAUGGUGCAGUACGAGUGUGAAGGAGACACCUGCCACGCCGAGAAGAUCGACGCGCUGCAGCUGGAGUACUCGUACCUGCUGACCAGUCAGCUGGAGUCUCAGAGGAUCUACUGGGAGAAUAAGAUCGUUCACCUGGAGAAGGAAACCACCGAGGAGAUCAACAACAUGAAGGUUAAAUUCAAGGAGACGUUGGAGCGCUGCGACAACCUGGAGCGACGCUUUGGAGAAAUCAGCAAAGAGAAGCAGGGCGUCGAGAAGAAGUGCACUCAGCUGCACACUCGCGUGGUGAAGCUGAGCCAGGAGCUGAAGGAGGAGCAGGAGAUGAACCGAUGUCUGAGAGCCAAUCAGACGCAGCUGCAGUCCCAGCUGGCCGAGGAGGAGCGCAAAGUGAAGGAGACCGGUGAGCACAAGGACGGGGCCAUCGCGGAGCUGCAGGAGCAGCUGAGGGACGUCAUGUUCUACCUGGAGGCGCAGCAGCAGAUCGAGCACCUUCCCCCGGAGGCCCGCAGCGAGAUCCAGGAGGGACAGAUCAACAUCGGGGCCGGCCCGUCGGACGGUGCCGCAGGAGGCCCCGCCUCCAGCAGGGGGAGGAGGGGCCGGGGAAGGAAGAGGAAGUAACGCCUCCUGGGGGAAAAACUGAGAGAAACUGACGGUUUUCUGAGGGGGAAAAAAAACUCAGUUGGAAAUAUUUAUCUGCACAAUCUCCACCUGACGUAGCCUCCACCUGGAGGAAGGUGGAUGAUGCCGGAGGAACGUCUGGUCGUCACAGAAACAAAAAGUAUAAAUCCUAAAAAAGGCUACAAGAGACAAAGGGUGUGUGUGUGUGUGUGUGUGUGUGUGUGUGUGUGUGUGUGUGUGUGUGUGUGUGUGUGUGUGUGUGUGUGUGUGUGUGUGUGUGUGUGUGUGUGUGUGUGUGUCUCGUUUCCUGAGAGAAACCCUUUCAAUGUCUCGCUCUAAACAACAUGAAAUAAAACCUGGUGUUAAAACAGCGCACUUCUUCUUUGUUGG